UUAUUGGAGCUACAUGAGAUGCUAGAGUGGUAUGAACCAGAGGUGUGUAAAUUCUCUAUUGCUUUACCUGUUGAUGCUUUUCACUAUCCGCAAAACAGUGAAUUUGGGACUAUCAUCGAUCGUAAAGACUUGGCUGAACUACUCGAGGGUGAUUCUGUGGAUAUGUGCAUCAUUCAAUCCUUUGCAUUAUUUCAUUGGAUUUUGAUAGUCAUUUGCCCCCCGGUUAAUAAAGGCUAUAUCUUCAAUUCAAUCCCAAGCUUUUCUAAUAUCAUCAUUCAGAAAGAUCUAGCAUUAGCAUACAGAGUUGCUUCCGCAAGAAAUGGUGAUGGAAAGCCAAUCACAUGGCAUAAUGUUAAGUGUGCCAGACAAAACGGAAACACAGAAUGCGGAUAUUAUACCAUGCGAUACAUAUGGGAAGUGAUUUCGUAUGUUGAUAGCUUUGAUAUUGGAAAGGAUUGGUAUUCAAGAACUGAGGCAUAUUCUGAAGAUGAGUUUAAUAACAUUCGCAAUAUAUGGG